AAUCCAUUAAAAUAAUUUAUAUCUAUAUACUUCUGCUUUGAUAUAAAAUAACAUCCUUUGCUGAAUGUGAAUUGGUCUUCGGGCGUAAACCGGCGAUUCCUUCUGAAAGCCCCUCUUUCGAUCCCUAGCGGAAACAAUGACGUCAUGAAUGAAAGGUGUGCGAUAAAUCGAGACGGCAUCAAUUCUGUGCUCAGAACGAUUGUGAGAUUAUUGUUGGGAUAGGCGAACAAAUAAUUUGCUCUAAGUGUCAAACUCGCUCUGGAUAAAGCUGCUACGAAUUCUCUGACAUUUCAUGAAGAAUAUCGUUCAGUAACAUAAUUUAAUAUGUCAGACCAUUUUGGGCCAAUAACUCUAAAAUGGGAUCCCAAAAAUCUGGAGAUCCGUACAAUGUCAGUAGAGAAGACUUUAGAACCAUUGGUUCUCCAAGUAACCACAUUGGUCAAUACAAAAGGUCCAAGCAAAAAGAAAAAGGGUAAAUCUAAAAGGGCUAGUGCUCUAGUCGGUACAGUAGAAAAAGCCACAGCUAAUUUUAUUGAAAAAGGAGAACAAAUAGCUUAUGAGAAUCCUGACAUAACUGCCGAAAUGCUUAGCGCUGUUGAGGAAGUAAGAAAAACAGGCGCUGCAAUGAGCAUCGCAGCUCGAGAAUUUUCAGAGGAUCCUUGCUCCUCCUUAAAACGUGGUAACAUGGUACGUGCUGCAAGGAAUUUAUUAUCAGCAGUAACACGAUUGCUGAUAUUGGCUGAUAUGGUUGACGUGCAUUUGCUCCUAAAGUCCCUUCAUGUUGUUGAAGAUGACUUAGAGAAGCUAAAAAAUGCAUCAUCGCAAGGAGAACUCUUAGAAAACAUUAAGCAGUUUGGUAGAAAUGCAUCAGAAUUGAUGAAUCAAGCUGCAAAGCGCCAGCAGGAACUGAAAGAUCCCCAGCUUCGUGAUGAUUUGGCAGCAGCCAGAGCUGUUCUUAAAAAGCAUUCGACAAUGCUUCUAACAGCAUCCAAAGUUUAUGUGCGACAUCCUGAAUUAGCUGCAGCUAAAGCGAAUCGAGAUUAUGUUCUAAAGCAAGUUUGUGAAGCCGUCAAUACUAUCAACGAUGUAGCCCAGGGUAAAACUCCCUCGGAUGGUCAACAUCCUUAUGAUGGACCUGGUGAAUUGGCCGCUGCCCUGGAUGACUUUGACGAGAGGAUGGUUAUGUCACCCCUUGCUUAUAACGAAGUUAGGACUCGGCCAAGUCUUGAAGAACGUCUUGAGAGUAUUAUUAGCGGUGCGGCACUUAUGGCUGAUUCUUCAUGCACUCGGGACGAACGCAGGGAACGUAUCGUUGCCGAAUGUAAUGCUGUGAGACAAGCGCUCCAGGAUUUACUCAGCGAAUACAUGAACAAUUUACAGCUCGCUCGGGGUGGGAAAAGGAUGGGUGUUAAGGAGCAGUCGGAGGGCUUAGAACGAGCAAUAGACCACAUGUGCAGGAAGACUCGCGAUUUGCGUAGACAGUUGCGUAAAGCUGUGGUCGAUCAUGUAUCAGACAGCUUUUUGGAGACGAGUGUACCUCUUCUGGUCCUUAUUGAAGCUGCGCGUAAUGGCAGGGACAAGGAAGUCGAGGAAUAUGCAUUGGUCUUCACAGAACAUGCAAACAAAUUGGUUGAGGUUGCAAAUUUAGUCUGCAGCAUGUCAGGGAACGAGGACGGAGUGAAAAUGGUGCGUUACGCAGCAGCUCAAAUUGAGAAUCUUUGCCCGCAAGUUAUAAAUGCUGCCCGUGUAUUGGCUGCACGUCCCCGCUCCAAGGUAGCCCUUGACAACAUGGAGGUAUUCCGCCAAGCAUGGGAAAACCAAGUACGCGUCCUGACCGAAGCCGUCGACGACAUCACAACCAUUGAUGACUUCCUGGCUGUCUCCGAGAAUCAUAUCCUCGAGGACGUGAACAAAUGUGUUCUUGCUUUGCAAGAAGGUGACGCAGAUACUUUGGACAGAACAGCUGGGGCCAUAAGAGGUCGCUCUGCCCGGGUAUGCAACGUUGUCCAAGCUGAAAUGGACAAUUACGAACCGUGUAUAUACACAAAGAGAGUAUUGGAGGCGGUAAAGGUCCUCAGGGAGCAAGUAAUGCCAAAGUUUGCACAGAGAGUGGAGGUUGCCGUAGAUGCUUUGGGCAGUAAUCCGGCAAAGGAUGUGGAUGAGAAUGAUUUCAUCGAUGCUUCUAGACUAGUUUAUGACGGCGUUCGCGAAAUUAGACGCGCAGUACUGAUGAACCGAGCGGACGAAGAUCUAGAUCCGGAAGACGUUGAACUGGACGAACAUUACACCCUAGAGACUCGCAGUAAAUCUAGCGCUCAGACCGGCGAGCAUGGCGUAGAUGAAUAUCCAGAGAUCAGUGGAAUCACAACGGCUCGUGAAGCCAUGCGAAAGAUGCCAGAGGAAGACAAACAGAAGAUUCUUCAGCAAGUCGAAUUCUUCAAGAGUGAAAAGUUGAAGUUCGAUCGGGAAGUGGCUAAAUGGGAUGACGCAGGAAAUGAUAUUAUUGUACUCGCUAAACACAUGUGUAUGAUCAUGAUGGAGAUGACUGAUUUCACUCGUGGUCGCGGACCACUUAAAACAACUAUGGACGUUAUCAACGCUGCUAAGAAAAUAUCUGAAGCUGGCACUAAGCUCGAUAAACUCACUAGGCAAAUUGCUGAUCAAUGUCCAGAGAGUUCGACCAAAAAGGAUCUAUUGGCGUAUUUACAACGUAUUGCACUCUACUGUCAUCAGAUGAAUAUUACAAGUAAAGUCAAGGCUGACGUACAAAAUAUCAGUGGUGAACUUAUUGUAUCCGGUUUGGACAGUGCCACAUCCCUUAUCCAGGCUGCUAAGAAUUUGAUGAAUGCUGUGGUACUUACCGUUAAAGCAUCCUACGUGGCGUCCACCAAAUAUCCACGACAAUCCACAGUUACGCAGUCUCCUAUUGUCGUAUGGAAGAUGAAAGCACCGGAAAAGAAGCCGCUAGUACGUCCUGAGCGACCAGAAGAAGUCAGGGCAAAAGUACGCAAAGGAUCGCAGAAAAAAGUGCAGAAUCCAAUUCAUGCUCUGUCCGAGUUUCAGAGUCCGACGGAAAGCGUGUAAGAUUUUAUUUACGGGUGACUAAUUAAGAAAAUUACUAGCAUUACCAAGAGAUAGGCAUGCAGAAUGUUCUAUCUUCUAUGAAUCAUAGUGUUAGCUACGAAUCAAGGCAGUGUCGUCUGUAUAUCCGGGGUAUACGAUAUGCCGGAAUGAAAAUGUGAAAAGAGUAUAUAAAGACGAGGACCACUACUUCCUUAUAACUAUAAUAAUCGUUUUAUGCGAUUUGAAUCAUCUUAGCACAUGCCUUUUGUAAAUUCCCAGGGGGCCUUUAAUGCGAGAAAGAAAAUCUAAAGAAAAAUAAUAAGUAAUAUACAACGGCAUUCGUACCGUUUGCUGCAAUCUAUUUACUCUCGGAACUGAAAGUAAACGUUAUUUGCAUAACCUAUGCUGCUCGAAAAUAGGACACUCUGCAUAUUUAGGAUGUCACAGUUAAGAUGAAAUUUUUUAAAUUCGUGUCAAUCGUAAACUCAUGUUAGUCCGUUGAUUUAUAUACAUGCACGGACCCAAGUAUUACCGUGUCGAGGUAAAAUAAUAAGAUACUGGACGUACGUUUAAUACAAUAGUUAUCGACGUGAUGCUAAUUCACUAGUUUUGAACGACACGAUCAGUCUUAUUUUUUUCUUUCAACAAUGAAUUGAGCUUUCAUGUAUUUUUCUUUAUGACAAGUUCUAACGUAAUCGUAAUCAUUCUCGUAUUACGUUUAUCAUAAUAAUCUUAAUUGAUAUACAAUAGACUUUUCGGGGUUCUAGUGAGGGGAAAUCUAAUAUAUUCGCUGCUUCUUAACUUGUCAUUUUGAAUUUGACAUGGACAAAUUUAAGAUACUGAACUACUAAAAGAAGCUGAAAAAUCAGAGAACCGAUUAACAAAUUAUUAAAAUUUCACGUGUUGCUUUGUUAACGUUAACUAUGUUACAUCGUCCGACAUUUUUAUGUCAAGAGGCAACAGUUCCUUAUUGUACAUUUUCUCUCAAGCUAUUCCUUUCGCUAUUGUAACGCCCAUGCUCAAGGAUGCUGCAGUUAGUUCUUUCUCUAAAACUGCCAUCUAUUUCUAUUUCCUAACAUCCCAGCGUGUCGCAAAAAAAUUGGUAUCUAUUUUUUUUUUAAUGAUACCCAUUUCAGACAAUAAUACAGUGGUACGUUACAGAUACAAUAAUACCUUAGAUUUUUCUUCGCUGUUAUAACACCCGGUUGUAAUCAAUAUUGACAUAGAUAACGAAUAGAAGGAUCCAUAUAAUCUUCAUUCGUUUAUCGAUAUCAAUUAUCUUGUUUAAUUAUUCGCUCCUUAAGUGUUAUCAUCAGUGCUACCGAUGAAGCCCAAUUGUUUUCCCUCGCAGUAACUUUCUAGGAAGAAGCGUCACGUUAUCUUCUUCUGUUCUUCCUAUUUUUUUCUUCUAGACAAAUAUAUCUUUCUUACACGUUGUAUGCGACGACGCUUUUAAGUGUGAACUGAAUGAUGAGAAAAAUAUAGGCUCAAAUACGUUUCCAUUGCAUAUAAGCAGUACAGUGAUACUUUUUUGAUACGUAUUUAAAAACAAUUACCAAGCAUUCUCUGAGCAUCGCUUAUUAUUAUUAAUGUUAUUAUUGCGUUCUUCGAUUUCCACUUCUCAUACGCAUUGCGAGUCGAGAAUCGUGAAACACGAUGUUGGCACUUGAAACACUGGAUACGUCGUUGCGUUGUAUAUUAAGCGUAUAAAAUAAAAUUACUUCAACAGCAGUGACAGCACGUAAUAAACAUGAAACUUUAAGUUAUGCAGCAUUGCAUCCUAAUCAAGAGACUGCUGAUCAAAGUAUUUAAUGUAAUUGUAUAUAAGUGAAUAUAAUUUUAUAUUUAUGGGUGAAGAAUUAUUUACAAAGUCUUUUAUAUUAUAUAGAGAAACAUAACAUUCUUCUCAAGAAUACUUGUACCGACCUUUUGCUCGCUCAACAUCAGGAGAUCUCCUAAAGAGUUCUAUGAUUCGAUAGCAGAGAUAUACAAAUAUUUUUGUAUAAUCUCUAGCCAAACUAUGUUCUAACUUUUGUACAUUUUAAGUCAAUUCUUUUCCAUUUUUUCUUUAUAUUAUUCAAAUGAUGUGUAUUAGGCUUGAUUUAAAAAUGAAGAUAAUCUAUAUAACAGGUAUUUCAAGGUUGUCUAACAAUUUUCAUGCAAGAAUUGUGCUCAAAAUUAAGCCCACACGUUUUUCUCCUGUAUAGAGGAGAAAAGAUAUACAGUGGAUUUUUGAACUUUUUGAAUAUACUGUGCACAUUUCCAUUGAUAUAGGACAAUUGUCCAGGGCAAUACAGACACUGUAUGAUAUGUAGAAUUGUAUUUAAAAAAAAAUGUUUGUAUGAAAUUUAAAAACAAAAGGAGAGUAUUAGAACUAAAACAUAAUUGACGGUUGUCAACAUACUAGUAUUAUUGCUCACUGUGUAAAAAUUGCGAGAUUUUACAAACAAACAAAAAAAUAACUUUCUAAAGCGUCUUCUAACUCAAAGCGUAUCACCGCUCGUUCGAGUAUAACAAUCACGAAGCAAAGUAGAAUGAUUUUCUUGAUCAAGUACUUAAUCAUUCAUUUAUACUUGUAUGGUCAUUGCGAAAAAAUGAUUGUGUACAGACGACGUGUUAUAAAUGUUCAUCAAAGUUACGUAAUCGUUCAAUUAAUUCGUACAUAAAAUACUUUUCAUAAUACAAAAUCUACCAAUUAUCCUCCUACCUGGAUGUCAGAGAUUUGUAAUUGCAUUUAUAUUGAAUUUCGUCAAUGACACUUCUCUAUCACAUAUCAUUGAUUUUUUGUCCUGUGAAAAUGACCAACAAACCUUACCGUUGAUACAAUCUAGUAAAAGUCUUUUUGAAAUACCUUUAACAGUGUGUUUAGGCAAUAAUGUUAAACGAUAUCAUUUUUCAAGUUGCAAAUAUGAAUUUGUAAGAUGUAAGGAAUGAGAUCCUUAAAGACAUGGCGACAAGGGGUGUAAAACCAAUUUUUGUGAAGAAAUAAAAAUUACAAUGUAACUUAACGAUUGUAUCUUGGCUCUCAUUCCAUUUUAGAUGAAUAUUUAAAACAGCUGAGAAUUUUUUGAACCUAAAGAGUUCACGUAAACUUUGAUCAUUACUUUCAUGUACAGUGUAUUUCAAAGCAAGAUUAUUCCGUAAUAUUCCAACUAUUCCUUUUCUGUGGUCGUUGAGGACGCACUCAACAUUAAAUUAAAAAGUUUUCGAGCAGUCAGUGUAUAAGCAUCAAAAGCACACUGCGACCAAAUAAAUCUACGAUAUACACAAUUAAACUUUAUACAGGUACAUCGUGCAAAUGUUUUGAAAUACAUUGGUACUAAUUUAUCGUUAAAUAUAAUAGGUCACGUAAUAAGAACAUGCGGAAGAUCACAGUACGUACACGUAAUAGCUUAUCGUAGAAAUAAGUAGUCGUUGAUAUGCUGCCAAAUAUAAGGUGAUGCUUUCCUGAUAAUAACAAAAAAUUAGAUGUAUACAUAUAUAUUAUUUUUUCGGUAGUUUUUGAACAUUCGAACCGAUUAAGUACACACACUGGUGUCGACAUGAAAGAAAAAAGAAUACUUCUUCCACAUUUGUACCUUUCUACAUGCUUAAUUUUUGGACUUUGAUAAGAGGCGAUUAUUUAUUGUUACGUUUAAUUCACGAGGGAAACAGUAAUUAUAGUUCUUGCGCUUAUAGGUCGAAUGUGUAUCGAAUUAAACAUGAAAACAAUAUAUUAAGCCUGUAUAACAUUUUAGUUAUGUAGAAACCUGCUGUAAACUAUACUAUGUAUUCACGAAUGGGUCAAACAAUAAACUUUUACAUAUA